AUGGGACUCCAAGGACGCCCUAUCCGAGGAACUGCCCUGGCGGUGGACAGGAUCCGAACAGCCUUCUUGUCCAGGAAGCGCCACCGGCCGUUGGAGGAGCGGAGGUGGGGAGCAGUCAUGGCUGGGCAGCCGUGGGCUCGGCUCGUACUCUACUCCGUACUCCAGUGCCUGGUCAGAUCGGCCGCCGGUUUCGUCCUCCUUCCCAAAUGCUGCCCUCUGGGAAUGUCCUUGCUCAUCGGUUCUUCGGGGGCGGCCUGCAGCCCGGAUGAUGGCAAUUCUACUAUUUGGUCGGUGGAUUUGUAUUCGUACUCCUCGACGCAGUCACCGGUCAAUGCUCAGUUCAACUUCAGCCAUAAGCCACUGCCUUGCACAGGACCUGGCGAGAGAACCCUCCAUAACGAUGAAUUUUGGAUCUAUUCGGACGGUACCAUAGAGAGAAAAGGGAACGUUUACGACCCAACUACGCCUUAUUGUCUCGAGUUCUUCAUAGAUUUCAACGAGACGUACCCGCUAUUUUGUGCCGUAGAGGAUUCUGACGAACCUGCCGAGAGGUACUUCUUGAUGGGCAUCGGCUUCUUCCUUUCUGUCCCUUUUGCCAUGGCGACCGUCAUCGUCUACUUGUGGAUUAGGGAGCUACAUUCGUUACAUGGGCGUAUUGUCGUCUUCAAUAUGUCCAAUUUUAUUGUUGCAUCAAUAUUUAUGGGACUAAUAGCUACACGCAUCAUAAAAUCAUAUGCCCACUUCAACAUCAUUUGUGGCAUUGCAGGUAUUCGAUUAAAUUACCUUCCUGACGUCCUUUUAAGAUUCCUAGAUAUACGAACUCUCGCGUCUUCAACGGAAUCGGUAUCUGUCAUGAUUCGGCCUUCGAUAUAA